GCGCGGCGGCGAGGGGCAGAGCCCGGCGGGCGGCGGGGCGGCCCCGCUCCCCGUGAAGAGGCGGCGCGGCAGGGCAGCGGCCGCCGCCAUGCAGCCGUCGUACCGGGCCCCGGCGUUGCUGCUGCUUCUGCUUCUGGCCGCCGGGACCUUGCACCUCUGCCUUGCCUCCUCGGAGGAGACAACCGCUGAUGGCCUCACGUCGACGUCCCUGCUGGAGUUUGCCGUGCUGCCCCACCUGGAAGCCAUGAAUUCCCAUGAACGAGCCAGCCCGGAGCCUGUGGAGCCUGAUCUUACCCCUGUCUCUCUGCACGCUGCCCCAGGAUCGGGCUUUGCCAGUGAGGAGAAUGAGGAGUCCAAGAUCCUACAGCCCCCGCAGUACUUCUGGGAAGAUGGUGGUGAGCUCAAUGACUCCAGCCUGGAUUUAGGACCCACAACAGAUUACAACUUCCCUGCUGCAUCUCAGAAGGCCGGGCAGAAAGGGAACAGGACACGGGUGAAGGACAGCUGGGCACCAGCCACUGUGCAGCCAUCGGCAGAGCUUGUUGAUCCCGACUCGCGUACGCCUUUCUCCAGCACCCUGGAGGAGGAAGAGGGGCUGCUCCCCAUAGAGCACCCCAGAGGAGGAGUGGAGAGCUUCCAGACCUCUGGGCCAGAGGUUACAUCUGCUGAACCCAUGGGCCAAGAGGACUCCUUCUCCAUUCUCUUUUCCACAGUCUCUGCCAGGCCAGGAAUUGUGACUGAGGCAGCCCCAGGAGAGCAAGAGGAGGAUUCUGUUUCCGCAGGCUUAGACCUGGGCAGCAGCAUGGGACCAGGUCUUCUGCCUGUGUCCUCUGUGUUUUCACCUACUGUUGCUGCAGGGUCUCCCAGUGAUUCAGAAGAGUCCUUUGAGGUGACAGCUGGGGACACGUGGGCUGUUGGAGGAGCAGACUCGGAGCUGACUGUGACUACCACAGGAGCAGAGCUUGCAGAGGCCACAGUGGAGGAUGACGGGGAAGAGCUUUCAUCGAGAGAGGAGGUCUCAGAGUACACAGUGGGGUGGGAGCUGCUGGAGCCCACGGUGCUAACUGAAACGGAGCAGACAGUGGAAACACUUGUGGGGACACCCUCUCCUGCAGGCAGCUCCCCGCACACCCAGACUUUACCUGGGAGUGAGCAGCACCACACUUCAUCUGCAUCUCCAUGGGACAGGGCUGAUGAGGCUGUGCUGGAUCCCAUUUGGAAUGACACUGAGCCAGCCACUGAGACUGCAGCAGCAGAGAGGAGCUUGGCACCACAGGCUGGGGACUCCCGCAUGGCCAUGCUGCCCACAGAGCUGCCCUGGGACUCAGCACAGGUGAUCUGCAAAGACUGGAGCAACCUUGCGGGAAAGAACUACAUCAUCCUGAACAUGUCAGAUAACAUCGACUGUGAGGAGUUUCGGCUGGAGAAGGGUCCCCAGCUGCUGGCGCUGGUGGAGGAUGCCUUCUCCAGGCAAGCGGAUGGACUGCAGGACCGCUGGCUCAUCUCUCUGAGCAAACCCAACGAGAACGACAAGCACUUGCUGAUGACACUGGCAGGGGAGCAGGGUGUCAUCCCUACAAAAGAUGUUCUCAUGGCACUGGGGGAUGUUAAGAGGAGCUUAGCAGAGAUCGGCAUCCAGAACUACUCAACCACCACGAGCUGCCAGUCGCACCCCAACCAGACACGCAGUGAUUAUGGGAAGCUCUUUGUGGUCCUGGUGAUCAUCGGCUCCAUCUGUGCCAUCAUCAUUGUAUUGGGGCUCAUAUACAACUGCUGGCAGCGACGCCUGCCCAAGAUGAAGAACAUGUCACACGGCGAGGAGCUGCGCUUCGUGGAGAACGGCUGCCAUGACAACCCCACCUUGGACGUGGCCAGUGACAGCCAGUCGGAGAUGCAGGAGAAGAAGCCAAGCGUGAACGGUGGGAACACCAUCAAUGGGCCAGAGAGCUGGGAUGUGCUCAUCAACAAGCAGGCGAGCGAGGACGUGGAUGUGUUUGAGGAAGACACGCAUCUCUAGAACAGGAAGGGAGGGAACCACCCGCUCACAUACACUUGUCUCUCUCCUAUCUUAACUGAUGGACCACGGGAUCAGGUGGCUUCUCAGGAACUUCUUAAAGGCUUGGAAGAGGUCAAGUCUUUGUGGAAGUUUUCCCAGUGGAAGUCCUGAGCCUGCAUCUGAGGCUUGGAGCCAGGAGGAUCCCUGACCAGAGGGAAGCGGGAGGGGUGGGUUUGUAGGUCUCUGUGUGUGUGUUCCUAUCAGUAGCACCAAUGCUUUCAUCGCCUUUAAAUGCACUUACUGUAGCUCUCUGGUAGUGGCUGAGAGUGGCUGGGCUUGAGAAGCAAGGUGGAGCGGCUGAAUCUGCCAGCAAGAGUCCAGCUCUGAGAGUAAAUUCCCUUUGGGAGUGCAGCUGGAGUUCUGGCAGCCAGAUCCUGACCUUGAGAUCACGCUCAGUCCCUGCAGGUGCAGUAAAACCUCUGCAUUCCAGGUGGAGGGGAGCCAAGACUCAGUGAGGUCCUGGUCAGAGGUUGCCUUCCACAGGUGAAAAGAGGUUUUGUAGUGCUCUAGCGCUCAGCUGCUGGUGAGGUGAGCUCUUGAUACUGGGGAAAACAUCCUUCUGUUAUCUCAUUUCCCCCCCACACCACAGACAGCCCCGUUCCAGCUCCCCAGCUGCAGGCUGAGUGUGCAGAGUUUGAGCACUUUACCCUUGCUUUGACUGAUUGCAGAGAAUUCAGUGCCAUGGAGCAGCAUCUUAGCUGGAAAUCUGCUUUAGGUCAGAGAGUUGCUGGGAAAGGUCAUUUAAAUGCCUCUUUCAUGCAAUAGCCUGUGAAAUGAGCAGCAAAGUAUCCCUGUGUGUCUCAGUUUUAGAGUCCACCCCUGUUUUCCAGGGUAGUUUGGUUUCAGUGGGUCUUUUUGAGGUACAUGCAGAAUAUUGGGGCUUUUCAAAGGGAGAGAAGUAAGAAGUCAGACACAGCUAAUUUUCUGGUCCUUUUGUUUCCUCCUCAGCAUCCUGCCCUGGGUGGGUGGGGGUGUUUAUUGUCCCACCUGUGUAAAUCGGGGUAGCAUCUUUCAAACCACUGCAUUUAAGCAAGCCAAAAAGCCAGUUCGGAUGAGAUGAGAUCUAAGAGGUCCCCAAUGAACCAAUUGCUCAGGAAUGCCUCAGGCAACUUUGAGGCUCCAGCUCCUCCCUGAAGAUGUGUAAUAAAAGGCACGUGAAUGCAUAAUUGUUCUCUGAGCCCUGCCUAAACUCAGAACUACAGUGGAGCCCGAGAUCCCAGAACGUUUCUCUUGUCAUUGAGGGACUGAGGGGCUUGCUUUGGUCAGAUGCAGCAGUAUUCCUCUGUUAGGUGAUGUGUGUACUUGCUUACUGCAAGGUGCAGCUUUGCCUUUGGUCUUUAAGGGAGCCUUUGUACAGAAAGACCCCAGAUGUGCAGCCUGAUGCCGAGCCUGUAAAUCUAUCCCUGUAUGUACAGAUCUUUUUAGCAUGUUCACCCCUGGUGUGGGUGCCUCAAGUCAAGGUACACAGUCUGCUGGUUCAUUCUGCAUAGCGCUUUGCAUGCAGACUGAAUCACAGAUCACCUCGAUGGAGGACCACUUUGCUAUCAGUCUCUUAGGGAUUCAUGAAAAGUGACAAUAGCCUUUGGUUUCCUAUCCAGAUUCCGGUUUCCUAUCCAGAUUCCAGUUUCCAGUGGUUUUAUCCCACCUCCACACCUUUCCCUGUGUUACGUAGGAGACGGUGAUCAUCAGCUCCUUUUGGAUCUUGUUAGUUGCAGCGAUGCUCAGAGGAGUUCCUUUUCCCCCCCAUCAGCUGAUAAAGGGGGACAGUCCAUGGAUAUGGACAUCCACCCAGUGGCCCUUCUCUGACCACCCUGGUGGCUCCUGCUGAGCAGGAUGGAUCUGUGCAGUGGAGCUGCCCAGGUUCAGUGGCUGUGUUGAUGGCACUUCGGGGCUCACAGGAUUAAAUGCGAGUUGUUGUUACAGUACAAGGAGUUCAUUAAAGCAUGGAGUUAAGGUUUGAGUUUGUAUAGCACUUAACAUAAUGAGGCCCUUAGGCACUGUCACCAUCUCAGUGUUUCUAAGUCAAAUAAUCCUCAUUAAAGAUGUUUUUAAUGCUCAGUGGCUAUUAAAAUAAUAAUGCCACUGAUAGAUGUGAAUCAGUUCACCCACAAAACACUUCUUUGGUGCCCAUUAUCACCAGGAGCUGCUUUGCUGCCCUGUUUUCUCUCCACUUUACUAAUCAGAGAGACAGCAAGGUGCUGAUAAAGCAGUGCUGGGCUUAGCACCUCCUGAUCUGGUGUAAAGUGCUCAAACUUUAAAGAAACCAAGGGGGCUUUGUGGGUUUAUUCAUAAACUACCAGAUUCUCCUCAUUUGCUCUUCCAGCUUCUUAUGGCCUCAAGUUUUGCAGACUGUGGAGCUCUCUUCUGUGUCCAGAGCAUCCAGGUGAUCUUGAGAGUGUCCAAGGGUGGCUGUCACGAGGCUGCAAACACCUUUCUGCUGUCUCUGACAGAGUGCACCCGGCUGUAUGAUCUCCAUUUAGCCCUGGACAUCCCUGGUUAAUAGCAUUUCACUUUAGUCUGGUGAUACUUUUCCUACCUUCUUCCUCUGUACCGUGUUUUUGCACUAGGCAGAUCUUGUUAAGUCGAUUGCACUGUUGUCCCUCUCCCCCAGCCCUGCAGAGACGGGUCAUCCAGGACCUGCGGGCUGGGGAGCACUGUGGAGCCCGCUCCCUCUUGUUGUUCAGCGCUUGGGUUUCCAGCUCUGCGCAGGGAGGAUUUAAAGAGAAACUUUGUCUCAGCGUUUGUAACGGGAAGCUUUUCUAUCACCUUCAUGUAGUUACACUUCUUUUUAACAAAAACUGUCAAAGCUGGACUUGGAGUGGUGUGCCCGGCAAAGCCAGCCCUGAAGAGCCGUGUUCCUUCUUGGACAUCACCGUGUGGUCCCAUCGGCCAGACGUUAGAUCGCACUGACACCUGGUGGCUGCUGGGAGGUGGAGACGGAAAAGAAGAUGGACAAAAAGGACUUUUUCUUUCUCUUUCGGUAUUUGAUUCCUGUGGUUUGCCCAGGCCUGUUGCCUGCUUUAUUGAUGAGGGGCUUGCACCAGGCUCCUGCGUGAUGGUUUAUGUGAGGAUAUCCCCGUAUGCAGAGCAAGGAGAUGGGAUGUUGUUGCCCACAUGUCUAGAACAGCGCCUGUAAUGUGGAGUCCAUCAUGUGCUGGGGCUUUGCAUCCUGCAGAACACCGUAAGGAUCCCUCCAGACAAAGGGUUCAGGGUGAAACGGGUAUGUUAUCAUGUGGAUUAUUGCAGUAUGACCGUAGAGCAUUGCAGCAGGACCCCACUGCAGCCACUGCCAGCAGCAGCAGCUCACCCGCUCCAGCCAGUCUCCGCAGCCACGCAGGAGCACUUUUCCUUCACAGAGGGUCUGGGGCAACUCAGACAGUCAGAGACAACAUCCACAUCAUCUGUGCUCAUCAUGGGAGCCUCGUGGGCUCAUCCCGGCCAACAACCAGGCUCCCAGCCCUUCUUCUCACCACCCUCAUUCCUGCUGGACCCAGACAUCUGCAGGGCCUGCCCACUGCUUGGGAUUGCUGCCGGGGAACACUCACAAACACUUGCGUCCGGCCCUGGGAGCGACAGGGUCGUGGUUUUGUUUUCUUUGCAAUAAAACACACCUCCUGGGUGGCUGAACACUG